CAGUUUGAAGCCUGGUACCCAGAGGGAAUGUGUCCCAGGUGGAGCAUCGUGGUCAAGGGUGAGACCAGUUCCAGUACAAGCCCAGAGAUUUAAAUUAAUUUUCUCUGUGAUCGUGGAGAUCAAAUCACUCUCCACUUUAACCCUCACUUCCCCAGCUCCAGAAUCUUCUGCAGCUCCUUCCUUGCCAAGCACUGGGGGAAGGAAGAAGUUAAUAAGACCUUUCCCUUUGAAAGCAAGGAGCCAUUUCAGGUUGAAAUCUAUUCUGACCAAGACUAUUUCCACAUUUUCAUCAAUAAAAGCAAAAUCCUGCAGUAGAAGCAUCAGCAGAAGCAGCUUUCUACCACCACCAAGCUGCAGAUUCUCAAUGAUAUUGCCAUUUCUUCAGUGGAAAUCACCAAACGAGGCCUUUGCUAG